AUUAAAGAAAGUCAGUCUGAGCAAGAUGGCCGGCCGGAUGACUUCGGCUCUCUAUUAUUCCGCGAUUAUUUUACAUCUAAUAUUGUUAACAAGUUUUAAUAACGGGCAAAGAUUCGGUUUAAAAGCGAAAACACUUCAUAUUGCUGAGGACUAUGAAUCUUACAGUUAUAGAAAACCUCUUGUCAUAAAUCGAGAUGAUUAUUCGGAUGUAAGAGAAGCAUCAGCUAGUCGAAUGCGCAGGGAUGUUCCGCUGUUUCCAAAUAACAACCCAAACAUCACAACGAAGGUCAAUGCUUUAAAUGAUUCUCAUCAACAGCUGAUAGUUCACUGGGUGGGAGAAAAGUCUAAUGUGAUAAUAUGUUUGGCAAGGGAUAGUACAUCAGUGAUGAGGGGCAGAGUCCCUCUAUCUACUAAUCCUAGUGCUGUAUACAUAAGUUAUGAUUAUGGUGAUACGUUCGUCAAUAUAACUGAAAAAUUUCGAAUUGGAGAUGAUCAAUAUGCUACUCUGGACAAGUUCACUAAUCAUCCAAAAUAUAACAGAUUCUGUAUCUUUGUGGAUAGUACAAACAAGUUACUUUUCAUCACACCAGAUAAUGGAAAAAUGAUAAAUAGAGUGCGAGUAUGGUUUCAUCCUAGCGAAAUAUCAUUUUACGAAAUGGAUGUUGAUAUUGUCCUUGCUUUGGACAAAGUCAAUUCUGUACCCAAUCUGUGGUUGUCAACGAAUACAGGUUUCACAUGGACAAUGUUGCGUCCCUCCGUAAAAGCAUUUUUUUGGUCAUCUUCAGCUGCUUUGAUAAUUGAACGUGCGCAUUCUGAUGGAAGAAACACCGUUUAUCAGAUUGAUUUACAGAAUAAUUUAUUGAAAGACUCAGUGGCACGCUCGGAACCAUUGACAGUAAUUAUCUCAGACGUGGAAGACUUUCAAAUUAGAGGCGAUUAUAGAUUUGCCACUUCAAAGAAAAUGAAGAAUGGUACGGAGCAUAUGGAUCUUUACGUGUCUUACAAAAAUUUUAGUUUUGUCAAGGCAGAAUUUAAUACGGCUUUGCCAAUUAAGGAUUAUUAUGUCGUUGAUGUUUCACACAAUAGAGUUUUCGUUACGGCUUCUCACAGUGAGACGCAAGUAAAUCUUUAUGUAUCAGAAAUUAUAGAUCAGAAAAUGGCUACAUUUACGUUAUCUCUCGAGGGAAUCUUCACAUUUUUCCCGAACAGUACUUGGAAAGACAGUUGGUUAAAUGACGUGGCAGACGAAGCAUUUGCUGACUUGUACAAAGUCGAAGGUCUUCGCGGUAUUUACAUAGCAUCACAAGUAAAAGGAACACCGAAAUCAGGAUCUAUUGGACCCGAACAUUUAGUUUCCUUGAUAACGUUCGAUCAUGGCGCGACCUGGAAUAAUAUAAAACCACCCACUGCUAAUCAUGAAGGUUUCUACGUUCAUUGUACUAAAGAUUGUUCGUUGCAUUUAAGUCAACGUCUCAGUCAGUUGUAUCCCGUGACAAGAUCGGUAUCUAUUAUGAGUUCGAAAUCUGCUCCUGGUAUUAUAAUGGCCACCGGAGUGAUAGGACCGAAUCUUAAAGGUCAUCCUGCUCUGUAUGUGUCGAGAGAUGCUGGCCUUACUUGGAAACAGGUCCUCAAGGAUUACUACUUCUUUAAUAUGGGAGAUCAUGGUGGUAUUUUGGUAGCGGUUAAGUACUUCAAGUCACGUGGAGAAACCAGAGAUAUUUCAUAUUCCAUCGAUGAAGGGGAGACUUGGCAGUCGUACGAGUUUAAUGAGAAAAUGUUACGAGUGUAUGGACUGAUGACAGAACCGGGAGAAAAUACUACAGUUUUCACGAUGUUUGGUUCAGCUAGCGGUCAGCACCAAUGGUUAAUAAUUAAGGUUGAUUUGAGGAAUGUGUUCGAAAGAGAUUGUACCAAAGAUGAUUAUAAAUUUUGGUCACCAACAAGCGUUGAUCAACCAAUGGUGGCUUGUGUGUUAGGUCGAAAGGAGACUUAUCAAAGAAGAGCAGCGAAAGCGAAUUGUUACACAGGGAUAGAUUAUGAUCGGCCAAUAAGAACGGAAAUAUGCGAAUGCGAUUUUAAGGACUACCAAUGCGAUUUUGGUUUUGUACGGGAUCAAAAUCACUGUAUCAGAGAUAAAUCCAUGACUUUCUACGACCCUUAUGCUGUACCGACUACCUGCGAACCUGGUGCAUUUUAUAAUCGAACGAAGGGUUAUAUCAAGAUAAGCGAUGAUGAAUGCGUAGGUGGUUUAGCGAGGAAUUUCGAACCAGAUGAAAUUCCAUGUCCUAUAGAGGAAAAACCUGGAUUCUUAUUAGUGGCUCAACGCGAACACAUUUCCCGGAUUGAUUUAGUGGACGAAAAAUUGGUAACACUACCUAUCCAUGACUUAAAGAAUGUCAUAGCAAUCGAGUUCGACAUGAGGAACAAUUGUCUGUACUGGGCGGAUAUUGUUAACGACACUAUAGGUAGACAAUGUUUCAAAGAUGGAAUGAGUUAUCCCGAAAUUCUUGUGGAAACCGACUUGAGUUCUAUAGAAGGAAUGGCGCUUGAUUGGGUCUCUAAUCUCUUGUAUGUUGUUGAUGGUGUUAAAAUGAGAAUACAGGUGAUUAGGACAGACGUGUCUAACAUGGGAAGGAUGCGAAGGACUAUCCUAGGGCCCAACAAUCUACAAAAACCUAGAGGAAUAGCGGUUCAUCCAAUGAACGGAUAUAUGUUUUGGACUGAUUGGGCUCCAGGAAAUGCUUCGGUGUCGAGAGCCAAUCUUGAUGGAACUGAAGUGAAGAGGUUGUUUGUGGAGCCAACCGUCGAAUGGCCAAAUGGAAUAACUAUCGAUCACAUAGCGGAACGUAUUUACUGGGUGGACGCCAGACAAGAUUAUAUCGGGUCUAGCGACUUUGAUGGGAAGAAAUUCAAGACAGUGAUCUCCAGAAGUGACAAAGUGUCACACCCUUUCGCUAUAGCAGUAUUCAAAGACAACAUGUAUUGGGACGAUUGGAAACAGUCUAUGAUAUUUGUUGCAGAUAAGGAUCAUGGUUUUGGUAUCACUACCAUCAUAGGUCACUUACCUGGUCUUAUGGACCUUAAAGUAUUUGCGCAUAGUAGUCAGCAUGGUACCAACGCUUGCGCCAAUAGUACUUGCUCGCACAUUUGUGUGGGAGCGCCUCGUGGCGGCCACGUUUGCCUCUGUCCUGACGGAAUGGAAAUGCUCGACGGCAAAUGCAUGUGCCCAGGAGGAACCGCCCCAUUUGCCAAUUCUACGUGCCCCAGAGUUGCCAGUACGUGUGCUCCAAAUCAAUUUGCUUGCGCCAAUGAUGUAUGUAUUCCAGCAUCAUGGCGGUGCGAUCGAGACAAUGACUGCGGUGACAAUUCGGAUGAGAUCGGUUGCACACCACACACAACGUGUACGCCAAAUUUCGAGUGUGAUGAUAACAGAUGCAUUUCGAAGCAUUGGGUUUGUGAUUUCGAUCAUGACUGUAGCGACGGCAAGGAUGAGAUGAACUGCAAGUAUCCGCAAUGUACAGAGUCGCAGUUCCGAUGCGACAAUGGUAGGUGUAUAUCCCACAGGUGGCGUUGCGACGACGAGAACGAUUGCCGGGACGGUUCCGAUGAGAGAAAUUGUACCAGGAAGAAAUUUCCUGGCACUUGCAGAUCCGACGAGUUCUCUUGUAAGACAGAUGGAACUUGUAUACCGGCUAGUUGGAAAUGCGAUGGAGAGCCAGACUGCGAGGACAAUUUUGACGAGAAUGACUGUAGCAAUAUGGCAUGCGAAAGCUGGCAGUUCACAUGCAAUUUGUCGAGCAGUAAAUAUCGUUGCAUAUACAAUUCGUGGGUCUGCGACGGGGACAAAGAUUGCGCCGAUGGAUCCGACGAGGCUAACUGUACUGCUACCGUACGUCCACCGUCAUUGGCACCGAGUUUGCCUAAUAGUCCUUGCAAUAAUUGGAUGUUCAUGUGCAACAACAAGAAGUGCGUGCCGUACUGGUGGAAAUGCGACAGCGUGGACGACUGCGGAGACGAUUCGGACGAAAUGGGCUGUGGUAAUGAGGAAGUUGAGGAAUGGACUGUGGUGUAUCCGACAGAGCAAGCUAAGGUUUGUCGAGAACAUCAGUUCCAGUGUUUGAACGGCGAAUGUAUACAGGAUUCGUGGGUGUGCGAUGGUUCCAAUGAUUGUACUUCCGGCGAGGAUGAGGCCCACUGUGCAGACAGUGAUCAAACUUCCUGCAGAGAGGAUCAGUUCACGUGUCGCAUGGACGGCGCAUGCAUUCCUAUAAGGAGUGUUUGUAACGGAGUGGAAGAGUGUCCAGACGGUAGCGACGAGUUGGGCUGUUCUGACGAGCAACAUUCUAGUCCGGCAGCGACACCAUCCUGUUUCUUUGGUUUGUUCCCUUGCGAUGAGACACGAUGCUUCCCUCUAGCUGCAUACUGCGAUGGCAAACAGGAUUGCGUGGACGGUUUCGAUGAGAGCAACUGCGAGAAAAAUAGUUCACGCGUUUAUCAGGUACUUGUAAUGGGCGUGGACGAACGGUCGGUCAACGCUACCAGUUUGUUUUUGUACUGGUGGAUGCCUGUGCCCACCAAUGUCACUUUCGAGUUUCUACCUUCGAUAGCGUACGCCGUACCUGGAGCUAAUUGGACCAACGCCAGCAAGUGGAUCGAUGAUAUGGAGUAUCAGUUUAAUAAUCUGAAACCGUAUACUCGUUAUAAUAUGACAGUUCACGUUAGAAUAAAGGGCCAAACUACGGUGUUCCCACCAGCCAAGUAUUUGAUUGUUACAACGGGCGAAGGUGUCCCGUCAGAGCCUUGGAACGUGACCGUGACCCAAAGAAAUGGAACGAGUGUGGAAGUCACGUGGAACCCACCUAUUCAUCCGAAUGGACCUAUCACUGGUUACGAGGCAUUCGUAGCACCACCAAUACCACCUAUACGAUUCUUCAAGCAAAAAACUUCCGCUAUAUUGGAUAUGCCAUUUCAGGCAGGAAAGAAUUACUCAUUUUGGGUAAUAGCAAAAAGCAAGGAACGAGAGUCUGCCUCGUCCAAUGUAGCUACUUUAAUCUUUGACGGAUCUACUAAUAUCGACAAUAUCGAGGACCUCAAAGUGGAAGCACUCACCAAUCAUUCGGUAACUUUGUCGUGGAAGAAGAUGAAAAAUGUUUGUUAUGUCAUUACACCGAGAGCUCCAGCAAAGUAUCCUGGAUUACAACAGAUUGUUGUGGAGGAGAAUCGCGCGGAGAUACAGAGAUUAGCUCCAGGAACUAUGUACACUUUCGAGGUCGGUGCCAAAAGGAAGAACUAUGUUGGAAAGACUAAGACUAUUAGUGCAACCACGGAGGGCAUGCCUUUGCCGAUUGUAACAAAAUUAGUCCCGCAGUUAGUGAAACCGCACGGAACUUCGGUAAAACUUACUUGGGAUCCGCCUAAAAGCGCCAGGAAGAUUAAGUGGCAGUAUGGAAUUCAUUAUGCAGUGAAUAUGGUGGAAUUCUUUGAAUCGUAUAAACUUUUAACGACGAACUUGUCAGCGACUAUCAAAGAUUUGGAAGCUUGUGAAUCUUAUGUAUUCGCAGUAGGCGUGAACGGAGAUUACGGUGCUGGGCCAUUAAGUCAACCAGUUUCUGUCUUCACACAUUUCAAUCAACGGGCUCCUCCAAAGAAGCUAAAAGUCACUCCAACAGAGAGAUUGGAUACUAUAACUAUUUCUUGGAGUGCCAGCUGUCCUAACAUUGACGAACCCAUUAGAUACACGAUCACCGUAACAGAAUCGACGCUUAAAAAACAUUUCGUAGUGACUUUGCCAUCAACAAACGAAUCUGUUAUGAAACACACGUUCAAUUCGAUUAAACAUGGUGGCAAGUAUCGAAUAACAAUAUCUACAGAUGUUGAGGAUGCCAUAGCAAGUCAACCGGUUCUAUAUAUGGCACCAGAAAUUCCGCCUCCUCAUCAGGUGAAGGUUUUACAUGAGGAACAGGGCUUUUUUGUUUAUUGGGAAGAGCAUGAUCUACCAGAUAUGAAAGACGAAAAGUAUCAUUACGAAAUUUUGGUGGUGGAGGGAUCGCAUAUAAUGAACGAGUCGAUUGCGAAGGUUUAUAAAAUCGAUCAGCCACCGUAUAUAUACAAAGACGUGAAACCAGAUGUUAUGUACACGUUUGCCGUUCGUUUAGUUACAGAAGAAGGCUACCAAAGUUCUUUGAGCGAAGUUUUUAGCACCAGAUAUAGCGCAAAAGUAUCGUCGUUACCAGUGACUAUAAAUACGUCCAACAUUCUUUCGUUUGCGAUACCAAUCUGUUUGUUGAUCGUCGCUUUAGGAUCUGCAUUGGCGUACUUUGUUGUUAGACACAGAAGAUUAACCAAUAGUUUUACACAAUUUGCUAAUAGUCACUAUGAUACUAGACGCGGGCAAGCAACUUUCCCGGGUACUACAGACGGCUUAGAGGAAGAAGACAGUCCAGUGAUUCGAGGUUUUUCCGAUGAUGAGCCACUAGUAAUAGCAUAAAUUCAUGAAAGGUAUCACACAUAAUAACAUGAUACAUUCACACUACGAGGUAUGAUCAGAAAAAUAAGUACAUCACAUUUUAUAUAUACAGAAUAUAUAUUGUGUAUUAUAUAUAUUAUACAUAUAUGAAAUAUAAAUGUACGUAUUUGGAGGAAUGUGCCAAUAUGCUAUUGAUAUGAAAAAGUUCAAGGUGAAAGACAACCUGAUUAUAAAAGUAGAAAUCUUUUAUGAAAGUGGCUCAAGACUGACAUACACACAAUGCAUACACACAUGUACACAUUAUACUUGUAGAAAAUAAAUCAAGAUUGAUUAGACGAGCUCUUCAGAAUACUUGAAAGUUUUGCGACGACGAAACGAAAAAAAAUAUCACAGCACCCUGUGUUUGUAUAGUGCUAUUGUACGUGUACAUGUUAUAUACAUAGAUUCGAUUAAGUAUACGGAUGAUUAAGUUAACGUCAUACCGAUGGACCGUAAGAGAAAGUUAUUGUUGUUUGUUUGAUAUCUAUGUAAAAAUGGAAUGAAAAGGAGCGAGAGUAUGAAGUAAUGAAAAAGAAG